AUGACUCCGCUGCGGUCGGCCACUCCUGCUCCUGAUGACAAAGAUUACACUGGCCUUGAACCAGACGCUGCCGAGCCUGAACAAGCCGUCCCAGCUCCGGCUGACCACAUUGCCGACCCUGCUGGCUUUUCGGUCGGAUCUAAUGACGCCCCGGCGGACGAUGUUUAUUCUGCGGAUACUGAUCCUGCCGAUGCUGACGUGGGUAGCGACCCAGUGCGUAACUUGGACACUGCCGAGCCUGACCAAGCCAGCUCCGCUUCAGCUGACCACAUUGCCGACCCUGUUGGCUUUUUGGUCGGAUCUGAUGACGCCCCGGCGGACGAUGCUUCUUCUGCCGAUGCUGAUCCUGCCGAUGCUGACGUGGGUAGCUACCUAGUGCGUAACUUGGACACUGCCGAGCCUGACCAAGCCAGCCCCGCUCCGGCUGACCACCUUGCCGACCCUGUUGGCUUUUUGGUCGGAUCUGAUGACGCCCCGGCGGACGAUGCCUCUUCUACCGAUUCUGACGUGGGUAGUGACCAAGUGUAUGACGUGGACACAACCGAGGUUGAACAGUCAGCUAAGGAAUGUAAAGACAUACGGAUAGCGGUAGCGGAAAGUGAGCAGCGUGUUGCUCCACUACGGAUCGGUUUCGAUGCGCUUGCUCGCAGAUUUGCACAACGUGGUCGGGAGCUUGACCAAUUGAAAACAAAGCGCGCUUUAAGCUACCAAGAGCUUCACCGUUUGCGCUCCUCCCAUGCUGAUCAUAUCGAGGAACUAGCACUGUUGCUAGCAGAACGGGAUAUACUUGCUCGCGACCGCCAGGCCCAGCUCAACCAUUUGGUCAACUUCGUUAUGGGUCUUCCGCCGUCGGUGGGGAUCGCCUAUGACAAGUGGCGGAGAGAACAGUCAGCGGCCUAUCCUGUGCCACCCCCGAACAAUCGUGCGCGCGUUACGGUCACCUCUAUUCGGCUUCUAGGUCCCCAUCUGCCGUGGUACCGCCCGUAG